AUGAGUGGUAGACCAACAACAUAUAGACUUCCACCCUUACCUCGUUUAAGAGUUAAAAAACCCGUUAUUAGACAAGAGAUGAAUAGAUGUUUGGUGUUGAUGUCAAAUUUACUGCAGUGUUGGUCUUCAAAUGGUCAAGAUAGUGCAGUGUGUGAACAAUUGGUCCGUGAAUUUAAACAAUGCAGUAUGAAUCAAGGACUGGCGAUGAAUGGAGGUAAGGGUAAGAAAGAAGUGAAAAAGAAAAAAGAAGUUAGAUCAAAUAUCAAUUAUCAUGCAGCCAGAUUGUAUAAUAUGAUAAAUGGGAAACCUCAUGACUGA